AUGACAAAUGCUCUGACAGAUAGCAAUGGGACACCAGCUUCCGAUGCAGUACCCUCACAACGGGUGCCCGCAUGGAGAAAACUGGGCCUCAAAUUGAAAUUUGCCAACGAGCAUACUGACCAGCCUACACAGAUUGACAGCAAUGUGUCCAUUAAUAGAAAGCGUCCACGGGACGAAGAUUCCUCGAAGAUACCAGAAACAACAGGGUCUAGGCGUGUACUUAGAAAGCGACCGCGACUCGAUCCACCGAAACCUCGACCAGCCAAGUCCAAUGACACUAACGACAAACCCCUCUCUCCUUCUUUGAAACGCGAUAGCAACGGUAUCCGGAAGACAGUAUCGUUUACAUCAGAUACCAAGGCUGAAGACGGGGAUUCCUCCAAGAGUCUCAUCGCUAACUGGGAAGCCCAACACGAUCACUCUACUUUGUUGUCGAGUCAGCCAGAAAAUCCCAAACCAUCGAAGAAGAAAGUUGCCAAAUCGAAGAAAUCGAACUCUCGUGCUACCACAAAGAAACCACAUGCGGCCCUCGAGUACCUGACACAAUUUUGCGAGUCCAGAACAACAUGGAAGUAUAGGAAGAAUCAAGAGGUUUGGAUCUUAAAGCACCUGUUCUCAAUUGAUCAUAUUCCUUCAUCCUACGACGCUUCCCUUUGUCAGUACCUCAAAGGUCUGAAGUCCGACUCCACACGUUCGAGAUUACAAAGAGAAGCGGAGGACAUCGUACAGAAGGAUCGUGAGCAGCAAAUCGAAUAUCUCGUUUCGACCGGUAGUGAGGACAACGUGGAUGAGGUGAAUAAGGUGCCUGCCGAGAUGGAAGACCCGGAGCGGCGAAGAGCUUACUACGAAGACUCGGUCAGGAGAUUUAAGAGAAAAGUGGAGCAGCAUCUGCAUGAAGAAGCAGAGGAAGAGCUGAAGUGGGUGAGUCCAGAGCGGCUUGCGAAACGACGCCGGGCUGAGAUAAUGCUGUGGGCAACAAGAGCGACUCCAUCCAGUAAAGAGACCACGCAAGGUAGUGAGGCAACAACAUCGUCUCAAAGCGCCUCACGGAAUCAUGGUAGCGCUCGAGAGGAUGGAUAUCCAGGAGGUGGCCUUCAGAAGAAGAGAAAGAACAGGACUUCGGUCAUUGAGCUGUCAAGCAGCAGCAGCAGCAGUGAAGACGAAAGCGGUGAUUCUAGCAGCGAGUCAGAUAACGACAACGGAGGAAGUGGAACAGGGUCUCAAAGCAGAAGCAGAAGCGUGAGUACGGGCACGGGCACGAGGACAAGCGCGCAGACAUCUGCGUCAACGCGUUCGCAACAAAACUUAAGCCAAGAUGAAGACACAGGGUCCAAUACGAGCACGAGCACGAGCACGAGCACGAGCGAAAGCUCUGAUGAUGAGUCGGGCUCAGACCUGCAGGGUGCUGUUGGUGCCCAACGCCGGUCAAAGUCCAUCAUCUCAAUUAGCUCAUGA